UUCAACGGCGCGAUGAUCAAAAAGUCUUGGGAAUGUCCCGAGCUCGUCAAGCGGUAUACGGUAGAGAACUGGGAAGAGGAGAUGCCAGAGGAUAUCAAAAAGUACUUUCAUCAGCGUAGAACUCUCUUUACGCGGUACUCUUCCCACCCGAUCUUGCUGGACCAUACAGGAUGGUACAGCGUCACUCCUGAGAAGAUUGCCAACCACAUAGCGGAUCGAUGUCGCUGCGACACAGUGCUCGACGGAUUCGCCGGCGUAGGCGGCAACCUCAUCGCGUUCGCUUGGACGUGUGAGAGGGUGAUUGCCAUCGACACUUCGAUGGACAGAUUGAGGAUCGCAAGGCAUAACGCGAUGCAGUAUGGGGUGGCAGAUCGGAUAGAGUUCAUAUGUGCAGAUUAUGUCGAGUUUGUGGAAGCGUGGGCGAGACGGAAACAGAGGCAGAGGGAAGAGAGGGGGGAGAUGGAGGCAGUCGUAGGGUUAGGAGAGGAGGUGGAUGUCGUCUUUCUCAGUCCGCCUUGGGGUGGAACGGAGUACCUGGAAGCGACAGAUACCACGGCGGACCCGGACCCAGACGCUUCGUUCGCGAUCCCGAACCAUCUCCCGGCCUUCCCCCUGUCCACCCUCCUUCCACUCCCGGCCAAGGAACUGUACGACCUCUCCCGUAAGAUGACCCCGAACAUCGCAUUCUACCUUCCGCGAAAUAGCGAUGCCCACGAGAUCUCUGAAUGGGCGGAUGAGACGCCGUUGGACGAGAACGAUCUUACCGUCGGUGGGAAAGAAUGGGUCGAGGUGGAAGAGGAAUGGAUGGGCUGCGUAGGAAAGAAGGGAGCGGAUGGCAAGUUGAAGGCCAUCACGGCGUACUUUGGUGGGCUGGCAGGGCAGGGAGAG